AUGGAAUCAAAACCGGUUCUCACAGAUUCUCUUACUCCACGUCAGGCCCUGAUAAAAAAUGUGGAUUUAUCUGAAGAUGGACAAACUGAUGCUUUGCUAUUCACUGCAGAAGCUUUGGACCGAUUCGAAAAAAAUUAUGACAUUGCUUGUUACAUUAAGCGUGGAUUCGAGCGCAAGUACGGCGGUAUAUGGCAUUGUGUAGCCGGGCAAAAGUUUGUAGCGUAA